AAAACCAGCUGUUUCACCUUCAUCUUCCUCUACAUUUCCCCUUCUUACCAGCUUUGUCCAGCUACCUUCGUCCUUUGCUGCUACUAUAUAUAUACAUUUCUCACCAUGCAUUCUUCAAACAUAUCCUCAUAAACAAUAAUCAACUAUUAGUCUUACUACACUCUCUAACUCACUAAACAGUCACAAUGAAGGCUUUCUUCUAUACACUCUUGCUCAUUGCUUCUUCUAUAGUUGUUGCCUCGGCUGGAAACUUCCACCGAGACUUCGACAUUACUUGGGGCGAUGGUCGUGGCAAGAUUCUUAACAGUGGCCGGCAGCUUACGCUGUCGCUUGAUAAGACCUCUGGCUCUGGGUUUCAGUCUAGGAACGAGUAUCUGUUUGGUAAGAUUGAUAUGCAACUUAAACUCGUCCCUGGAAACUCUGCUGGAACUGUCACAGCUUAUUAUUUAUCAUCACAAGGACCAACCCAUGAUGAGAUAGACUUUGAGUUCUUAGGAAAUGUAUCUGGUCAACCUUAUACUCUUCAUACCAAUGUCUUCAGCCACGGAAAGGGAGGAAGGGAGCAACAAUUUCGCCUUUGGUUUGACCCUACUACUGAUUUCCAUACAUAUUCCAUUCUAUGGAAUCCCAAGAGAAUCAUAUUUUCAGUUGACGCAACACCCAUCAGAGAAUUCAAGAACUGGGAAUCAAUUGGAAUUCCAUUCCCAAAGAGUCAGCCAAUGAAAUUAUAUUCAAGUCUGUGGAAUGCUGAUGACUGGGCUACCCAAGGUGGGAGGGUGAAGGCAGAUUGGUCAAAAGCUCCAUUUACAGCAUCAUACAGGAACUUUAAUGCCAACGCUUGUGUUGUAGCAAAGGGUAAAUCAUCUUGCAGCUCAAACUCGGCCUCCGCCUCUGCGUCGAGGACUGCUAAUAGUGCCUGGUUGAGACAAGAGCUUGAUAAUGCGAGUCAAGCUAGGAUGAAGUGGGUGCAGAAGAACUUCAUGAUUUACAAUUACUGCACAGACGCUAAAAGGUUUCCUCAAGGCCUUCCUAAGGAGUGCACUGCCAUGACUUCCUAGACUCAUUAGAGUAUGAGAAACUAGCUUCCAUUUAAUUAUAUUCUUUCAUUCGUUUUUAUAUAUAUACUUAUAUAUAGUUUAGUGAAGUAUGUGCAAAUUCCACAUGUGAUAUACGAAGUAGUAUUAUUAAUUAA